AUGCGCGCCCACAAGAUGACCACGCGGUCACUGAGCACCGUCCAAAAGCAGCAGCCCCGUUCGCACACAGCCAAAUCCAAGUCGAAGCAGCCGAAUGAGCACUCCGAGGAUACGUUUCCAAAGUUCCCCAGUUUUCCGUCUGAAGUACGUCUCAUGGUGUGGGAAGAGUUCCUCAACGACUACGAAGACAACCCGCCCGUACCUUGGACCCUGAUCUGGGGCGUGUGUGACCCCAAGGACUUUCCUGAUCCCACCAACAUCCGCCUGCGUCCGUACAUAUACAUCAAGGAGCACUGCCAAAACGACCUCCUCGUGGAGUACAACUCGAAUCCCCUUCUGAAAGUCAGCCACGAGGCACGCAUCACGGCCCUUCACGAUCAGCGCUAUGUCAGCAUCCGCGUCUGGGACCUCAACAUCAACAUUAUUGUGCGUCCAGCUAUGGAUUACUUCUACGUCGAUGAUCUGAACUGUCUCAGAAUGUUUCGAGAGCACUUCCUCCCAGGACUUACGGCGGAGUACGGGAAUCCGACGGCCUUUACACUCGCAGAGGAUAUGAGCUUCGUGAAACAUGCGUUUGCCCAACUCGAUAUCUUUUUUAAGAUCGAGGAGAACCGGAAACACUUUAGUAUCGACAAAGAUGCACCCGCAGCAGCAUGCACUUGGUGCGCUUUAGACAAGCUCUUCAACAAUCAUCUCAACACAGCAACGACUGUCGUCAGCCAUUUCCCAGAAGAGGAUUGGAGUGACGAUAUGUUUUGGGAAUCUAUGCUUGAUUUUAGGUCGGACCUCUUUUCUGGGAGCCGUCUGUGGCCUGUCUGGGCGUACUACAGCCGACACUACCAGAACUCGAUGAUUCUGGCUGAUCCACAUGCUACUGAUAUGUCACUCGAAGGAACAUAUCGCCGGUCGUGUAUGAACUUUUGGCACUAUAUCUGCCAGGUGCUUAAAGGGCCAAAAGCCCUUGAGUACGCAGACUACGACUACGAGUUACUUGCAUUCUCCGGAGAAUGGGCCCAUGUUGGCGAACCCCAACAUACAACGCGGAAGCAGGGUAAAGUAGACCCAGGAGGAGUGUGGAUUGACGUCUCCGAUUCCUUCAAACUCGCUCGUAAACGCCGCGUCAAGCGUUGCAGGCAAGGCCCAAUACGGGUCUUGAAACACGGCCGUACCUUGCCCUCCGAAGUCUCGGGAUUUCUUUAG